UCGUAUACUUGACAUACAUGUUAAAAAUACUUUCUGGUUUAAAUUAAAUUCCACCUCAAGAGUAUGCAUAUCAUUUGGCCAUCGAUAAUACAUAUGUACAUAUAUACAAUAUACAUUAUAUACAUAAUAUUAUUCGGAUUGUAUCGGUUCGCGUGUCUCGAGAUCUCACGCACGAGCAUCAUUCUCGUCAAUGUGGCACGCGUAUAUAUAUAUAUAUAAAUAUACGUACAUCAUAGUAUCGAGGAACAACGAACUCGAGAUCGUUACACGUGGUGACAAGAAAGAGCGGGACCAUUUUAUAAGAAAUCGUUAAUUCCAAUGUCUUCGAUACAUCAAAGGUGGCCGUAUUCGUCGAAAAGAAAGAAAGAAAAUCUCUGUAUAUUUGAUAUUUCGCGAAUAUGCGUAAUUAGCCUCGAAUUUAACUCGAUGAUAAUUUUUUUUUUCUUUUUUCGGAUUACGCGAGAUUUAUCUUUAGGUUCGAACGAGGAGAAGGAGAAAGAGAGAAAAGAAAAAAAAAAAUUCGCAAGGAUGUUUGAUCCUCGCAUCGAUGUUCCAUAUCUUUCCCGAUCUACGUCUGCGCGUGUCGGCCGGGUCUAUAAAAGCGACGCAGGGCGUCGCGACGGCUCCAGACGCGACAUACGCGCAUAACUGAAAAUGUGACAUCGAGGGAAGGACAGAGAUUUUUAUCGUUUUGACCAUCGUUGACAGAUUACGCGGAGAAAUUUGUGUGAAAAGUCGGGAAGGAAAAGUCGAGGCCGUCGGCGGGGGAUAAUUGGCGACGGGACGAGGUUCGAAUCGAUCGUUUCGUUUUCUUUUUUUUUUUUUUUUCCGUGCGGUCGGAUUCGUUUCAGUGAAUACGGUACAAUGUGAACAUGUAGAACGUUCAAGGGACGUACGUAUACAGAAGCAGAAAGAAGAAGAGGAGAAGGAGGAGGAGGAGGAGGAGGAAACGAGCGUUUCGUGAAAGUUGAAAAAAACUCGGUGAAUUUUAAUCGAAACUUGGAAUUCUGUGCGUCGAUUCAGCAGAGACACACCUUUCUAUACGCUCGUUCGCAAGGAUUACCGCAAUCGUUGUAAGUCUAUAAGAACAAAUAAUCGCGCUGUCCAACGUGCCAACGAAUUAACCCUAACCCACGGUCUAUCAAAUAGUUCGGUCUACGAGUGCUCGUUGUCAUCGAUAUUAAUGGACACGGUUGUUGACAAGGAUUGUGCGCAAUGCAAUUAAGAUUUAACGAAGUGAGCACGAUGAGAUAAAAAUUAAUACGGUAAUGAGAAGAGACAUAAUUCGAUCCGUGCGUUUUUAUUUCUUUUCUUCUCCUCUCCCCUCUUAGGUUUGUGGAAAUUUCGUUCGUGACGCCCUUUUCCCUCCCUCUACCCCUUCUACCCCUCCUCUCAAAGUGUUGCGCGCAAAGGCAUAAAGGGAAACGGGGUAUUAAUCGGUUCUCUAAAUCCCUGACACGCGUCAAAAUAGUUCCUGGUAAACAGAAAUGUUUAAAUAUAAACGCGGGGCCGAAACUUUUGUCAGAGCGGACCGGCGAACGAGAGCCGGUCGGAACGGAAUUAAGGGAAAAAUAAUCGGUUGUUAAAUUCCGGGAAAAUCGAAAAAGAGCGAGAUUUACGUAAAAAUAGAGACGCGUGCGAAAUAAAAUUCGGAGAAGAGAUUAUUUCGAGGGGAGGGGGGGAGGGGGGGGACGACAGCCACGGCUGGCAAUAAAAUUCAAUUCUCGCGUCCGAGAAAAGUUUUUAAACAUCGAUUGUUUCUCGAUACGAAUCGACGUUUAAAAAAAAAGAAUAAAAAUAAAAAGUGUCUUUGAAUCGAAACGAAACGAAGCUACGAUAAAUUUUUGCCACGACUUUUCGAAUUUUUUUUUUUCUCCUUCUUUCUCUUCCUCUUCUUUUCAAACGGCGAUGGAAAUUUUUUGAAAUUCGUAACAUCGGGGACGAGAACGAACGAUAAAGGAACGAUUUGACGCGCGUUGCUGCAGCGAAAUCCUUGCUAUUGAUCUAGGCAGCUCAAAAGGUCCUGGGUUCACCCGCCCAACCUCCACCACCGUUCUCCCCUCGCCUCUCCGCCUUGUAUUUAGUCCUUCGCCUACACGCUCUAUCGGGGACGCGAUCAUCCCUCCCCGAAAUUUUCUUCCGUUUUAAUCGAAAGUAAAGUAAUUUAAUCGAAAGAAAAAAAUUAAUCAAUCUGAAACGAAUCUUCGAUCUCGAAGAUACGAUUCGAAAGGAAAUGAUAAGUUUGGACGAGCAAGGGCAAGGGCGAUUCUUACAAAUGGCAGGAGAGAGGGAGAGGGAGAGCGAUGCCCUCCGCGAUACAAAGCGCGUUAAACGCGUUUCACGCUUGAUCGGCCGUUCGUAAGGAACGGAGGCGUCGUGGUUGGCGCUUACAUGAAACUUCACGAGAAAAAGGAGUCCGGGAUACACAGAGUGCAGGAGAUCCCUUUGGAGGAAUUGGAGCUCUCGAAAGAGUACGAGGUGGAGAAGACCCUCGGCGAGGGGAGUUUCGCCAAGGUGUUGUUGGCCACCCAUCGAGCCACGCGAACGAGGGUCGUUCUGAAAGCCGUCCACCAGGAGCUGACCACGGAGAAGGACUUUUUCCGCGAGUUCCACUACUCGUACCACCUGAGCCCGCAUCCGAGCAUCCUGUGCUCGUACGCGGUCGCGUUCAAGGCGGACAAGUGUUUCGUGUUCGCCCAGGAGUACGCCCCUUACGGGGAUCUUGCGGGGAACGUGAGGGCGGGGGGCUUGAGCGAGGAAGCUUGCAAAAGGAUCGCGAGCCAGCUUUGCUCCGCCCUCGACUUCAUCCACUCGAAGCAGCUCGCCCAUCGGGACAUCAAGUUGGAGAACGUGCUCGUGUUCGCCCUCGACAUGUCCAAGAUCAAGCUGUGCGACUUCGGGUGCACGAGGCGGGAGGGGACCCUGGUCAACAAGAUCAGAUGCACCUGGCUGCCGUUCCAACCGCCCGAGAUCUACGAGAUAGUGAAGAACGAGAGGUACGCGUGCAAGAGGAGCGCCGAUUGCUGGCAAUUCGGGAUCGUGCUGUUCGUCUGCCUGACCGGGAAUCCGCCGUGGCAGACGGCAGACCUCAUACAGGAUCCCGAGUACUCGGCCUUCCAAAGAUGGUUGAAGAGGAGGACGACCAAAGUGCCGCCCUCGUUCAGGCGGUUCACGCCCAGGCUGCUGCGAUACUUCAGGAGGACGUUCGAGCACAAGCCCGAGAAGAGGCCGCACGUGACCGAGAUCAACAAGUACUUGAAGGACUCGUGGUGCGUGAACAAGAUCAGCCACAGCGCCACGUCCACGUUGGUGGACGCGAGCGAGGGCGUAGCGAGGAGGGCGGACAGUUUGCUGUACCUCGACACGAUCCUCGACGAUCAGCGGAACGUGGACGAGAACAAGAACAAGCUGAGGAAGCUUCUGAACAGUUACGGGCUCGAGACGACCAUCGAUCAGAAGGUCGUCACGAAGAGGAUCUGGGAGUGGGUGAUGCAGUGCGACUCGAACAUAGGCGAGCCGGCGUUCGUUGGUAGCCUCGGGACAGAGGGUAUGUGAGGGAUGGUCAAAGCUUCUAGCGAACCUUGCCUUAGAAGCGAACGUCAGAAACGAAAGUAUAGUUUCGGUGGGUUCGACGCUGCCCGCGAGGGAAACGCGCAGCCCUCUUCGCCAACGCGUGCCAAGCCAACGUUCGAAAGGACGGCCAUCGAUUCACCUUCGAUCCUUCAUUAGAAAGAAGAGGAAAAGUGACGUCCCUUCGUCGUGGCUCCCGUCGUCCACUCUCGCCUUCCACUUUACGAAAUUUCGAACGCUUUACCGUGAACAUGGACGUGAAAACGUGUGAUAACUCCCUCAUUCCUCCCCUAUCCCUCCACCCAAUAACUCACGCUCUCACCUACUCCAUCUUUCUCCGAUCCACGUCCUCAUUUCCCUCGCUGCAUCAAUCUUCUCUACGAGCGGACCAAUUAUCGAAUGUACGCGUACGUAUUCGUUAUCGCGUGCAAACAUCUUUCGUACGCUUCCUCCUGCGAAGGGAAGACUCCUCGAGAAGAGUCGAGAAUUGCCUAAAGACUGUACGAAAAAAAAAAAGAGAGAGAGAGAGAGAGAAAAAGUUGAGUGCGAGAUGAAUGCGAGAUUAGAUAACACAGGGGCGAAAAUCCUGAAUACGAAACGAAUGUGAUAGAAAAAAAAAGAAAAAAAAAGAAAAAAAAAGAAAAAAAAAGAAAACUCGUUAAGACUGGGACGAAUGCGAGCGUAAAUGCGAAAUCGGUGUUUUUCGGUGUCGACUAUAGAGACAAUAACUGACUGCGGAUUUCCUAAUAAUUUAUUACGUUACGAUAAUUAUUAUAAUAAUAAUUUAACACGGUAACAGGUAGAGAUCACUACGUACGAGGCCUUGCGUGAAAUCGAGGAUUUCGUUCCAUCGUUAAGAGGAAACAAACGUUCUAAACGUUUCUUACGCGAAGAAUUUGGAGCGAAAAAAUUUUGGAAAAGAAGAAAAAAAACUCGAAUAGAGAUUAAUUCGGUAUUUAGCGUCGUUAAGCGAUAUAGCGUAUGCAUAAACAUAGCGCGCAUAUAUUCUUUUAGCAAUUUAUCGGUAGAAGGAGAGAACAUAUAGAAAUCGAUCGUUGAUGGAUACAACAGAAUUUUGGUAGAGCCACCUUACCACGAAACAGCAGGCUGUAAACGCGCAGUGACGCGUAUUCUUCCCUAUGCGAGAUUUGUAAUUGUAACAAUAAGAUUGUAUCAUACGUAGAAUCAAGAGACAUUGCUAGAAACGAGGAAGAGGAAGGGAAAACAAGAAGGGAAGAAAUAUGCGACGAAACAACAAAAUAUGCGUUGGGCCUCCGUUAUCGCGAAACAAUGUUUUCUAUAUAAAUGAUAUCGAAAUAAACGCAUUAAAUAUAAAUAAUUGCAA